AUGGGAUUUCGUUCAUGGGUUCUGUACGAGUAUCCGCUAUUGCAACAGACGACUAAACAUUCAUGGGCUAUUAAAACGGCUACUCAGCUCGAGAAGCUGCGGUAUCUUAUCUUUGCUCUGCAAACAGGUCGGAAGAAUAUCAUGUCACAGAAUGUGAGCCAAUUCAGUCACUGCAAAUUGAGCAACGUGAAACUCUAUCUGAAUUCGGAAUGUUAUCCAUACGAUGAUAUGAAUCUGGAUUUCGAUAAAAACAAAUGGUCGAGUCUGUAUGCUGCGUAUUCGCGGUCCCGGAAGGGCUAUUUCGGAAACGAGGUUCUUAUGCCCGGUCUCACUACCAACAAUUUUCUAGAACAAGGACCGUUUGUCAUUAUCGAUUGCUCCCGACAAAACGAGUCAGUCAAGAGCGCGACUGUGGACGUGAGAUUGGAAUUUGAGUGUAAGGAGAAUGUGCCAGUGAAUACCACUGCGUACUGUCUCAUCAUACAUGAUCGUGUGGUUCAGUACAAUCCGCUGACCAGCGUCGUGCGCAAAAUUCCCUAA